AUGUCCGGGACCGUGGGCAGCAUGGCAGAAGACGACUAUCUCCGUUGCGUGGGCGAAUCAGAUGUCCCGCACCUCGAUUACACGACAACACCUUACGGGAUUCGCUCGCAGUUCCUGGUCCUGCCCCUUCAAGCAUACUUUUCCGACGACGAGAUACGUGCAGAGCUGCAGCGUGACAUCGACGAUUUGUCGGAAUUGUACCUUGCGAUCCUCCGCUGCCAUACCUCCCAGCUCAACAUUGGCCGCCCGAAUCAUUGCCUGGCCCGCCUAUGCUCCAUCGUCCUGUCUCCAUCCAAAGGCGAGGUUGUGAUGGGCCGAGAGAUGCGGUUGAGGAGGCGGGAUCUCUACAAGUCGACGCGUUUCGAAUACGAGAUACGCACUUUCGCGGUGCUACCUCUGACAAUGACCAAACUCAAGGAUUGCCUCCACCAUCUGCGAAUUCGAUCCGCGUACAUGCCUCAUCCUGAUCGUACGGUUGUCUCCCGGGCACCAACGUCAUUCCGCCCUUAUCGGACGUUCGACGAUCCCGGUGAUUUAAAACUGUCACCGUAUACCACUCUGGUCCUCCACGCCUGGGGGUACGACGUUGAAUUUCGCGAGCCCACUAGCGGCGCACUGGCCUUCACGUACUCACUCAUCCUACGACGGCGCCAGUAUGUUCUCCAGCUCAACAUUAGCGACUUUCGACAUCUCGUGAGCCUCGUCGGUGGGCGAUACGUCAACGUCGCGGCGGCAUGGCUCUUCACCGAGGAGGAAGCUCAGCACCAUCGCCUCCCUCUUUCUACAUACCAAGGCCCGGUCCCUCAUGGCGCUGCUAGAUACAUUGACGACGCCGGGUUUCGUCCUAUCGUUCUUCGGAAGCCCGACAAUGGUCUUGCCGUAGUUAUUCGCCUCGGCAUUGAGCGCGAAGAGACUUCAGACUAUUCCUCGUCGUAUCUCGUUCAUGUCAAGGUCGAGGAGUCGGACACCGCGCAUUACUCGUCCGGAGGCAGUACUGUUGACGUCAUGCCUGAGCUUGAGGAAGCUCGCAGGCUUCCCGAACGAUACCUACGCUAG